AUGAUUCCACUUCAGUGUGGGUCGUUUCAGGUUGUAGAAUACUUCUAUCUGGUAAUCAACCCAGUGGAGACGACUUCUCAAGGUUCAGGCAGACGCGUAGGACGAGUUCCACACGGAACCGACUACUUGAAACACUCGGACACAUUCGUCCAUUUCGGACAACCUAUCAGAAGGACAUCCAAAGGAAACUGGGUUUACGUAGGAGGACAGAACAGCGGAAAAACAGUUGACGCCCCGCUAGUACCCUGGGAAGACAGGAAAGCACCUCUCAGAACCGUUGAUUCUCCCACUCGAACGAAACCCGCUCUAUCACCAGUCGAUAUCCCCAAAGAAGAUAUCGAAAAAACCCCAAUUCCUGCAGGAGUCUUAACCCCAGUUGACGAAGAAGACCCGGAACCUGUAGCAGGACCGAGUCAACCGAAUCCUAACCCGAACCCACAACCGAACCCUCCACCAACCACAGAAGCUACAGACGAUGAAGACGAAAUGUCGGACAGAGGAAACAAACCGAAAGACUUCGACGGCACAAGGUCGAAGUAUAGAGAAUGGAUAUAUGAAUGUCACAUGUACAUUCUCGCCAACCCUACCAAGUACGACACCGAUAAGGAUAAAAUCCUGAUGGUAUUGUCAUACAUGAGGGAAGGAACGGUGUCACUCUUCGCCCAGAAAUAUUAUUUCGAUAGGGAACUCCGAGAAUACAAGGUGACGGAAGUAAGAAAAACAUGGGGAACGUUCAAAGACUUCUUGAAAGAAUUAGCCGCUGCAUUCAAAGAUGAAAGCCUCGAGCAGAAGGUGAGGCAGAAGUUAUUCACAAUGAGAAUGGGAAAGCGGUCAGCAGACAAAUUUGUCACGGACUACCUCAUGACAGCAGGAGAAAGCAGGUUCGACCUCGAAUCCACCGUUGACUAUUUCCGCCGCGCCAUACACCCGGAAAUCCUUAAACAGAUUUAUAGACUCCCAGACAUGCCGACAACCAUGGACGAUUGGGUAAAAUACACCCGAAGGUUUGAUAACCAGUGGAGAGAGCUGCAGAGCAUAAAAAGCUCCGUACCCUCUGCCGCUGUUCGAUCCAGCAACCCCUUCCGCUACAACUCAUCCAAUGCUCCCUCCUCCAUGAACAACUCCGUUGUCCCUAUGGCCGUAGACUCAGUCCGAACAACCCUCACCGACGAAGAACGCAACCGCCUCAGAAUGGAGGGGUCAGCUAGAUAUGUUCAACAGGGUAGUGGAACGGUGGGGAACCGCUCGGCUCAGACUGGCAGCAGGAUGGGAAGCGGAGGAAGCGGCUAUGGCCGAACGGUCUCGGCAGGAACUUCAGGCGGUACUCAGGGAGGCACUUCGGCGCAAGGUAGAGGCGUGGCGACGACUAACCCGUUCCAAGCCCGACUCGCAGCUCGCCAGGCCCACGCACCUGGACCGGAUGCGCCUGUACGUGAGACGGAGCCUGAGAUUAGCCGAGAAGAGAUCCAGAGGGUCAUCGGGAAGAUGAGGUGGGACGAACAGGAAGCACUCCUUCAGGAGUUAAGCGAGAUGAGCAAGAAGAAAGAAUCGGAUUUUUAA